CGGAGAAGCCAGGGCUCCGAUCUGAGCACCGGGGAGGACAUGUCCAGGCAGAAGGACAUGCUGUCAUGGCUCCCUGUUACACACAGAUGGCUGAAUGUAAUCCAGCCUGCCUCCUCCGAUCAGGCCACCCGUCUCCACCCUCCUGCUCUGUCACGGGUCUCGAUUUAAUAAGAAACACCAAGUACUCUGUACAGUAGAACACCUCUGGUCUCAGACGGCAACCAAGCCGGGCAGAGGAAAAGACUCCGCGAGGAGAUCUGAGUCAAAAUGUCUGAGCGCUAUGACUGCACAGAGUGCAAGGACUCUUUGUAUGGACAGAAGUACAUCCUGAGGGAGGAAUAUCCUUACUGCAUCAAGUGCUAUGAGACACUUUUCUCCAGCAACUGUGAAAAGUGCAAGAAGCUCAUUAGCUGCACCAGCAAGGAUCUGUCCUUCAAGGACCGUCACUGGCACAGUGAAUGCUUCCUCUGCAACAACUGCAGCCGCUCUCUGGUCGACAAACCGUUUGCCACCAAAAACAACCUCCUGAUGUGCACCGACUGCUACGCCACUGAGUAUUCCUCCAAGUGCCAUGCCUGCCUGAAGACCAUCAUGCCAGGCACCAAGAAGAUGGAGCAUAAGGGGAACAGUUGGCAUGAGAAUUGUUUCAUCUGCAGAUUCUGCCAGCAGACUAUUGGCACCAAGAGCUUUGUGAAGAAGGACGGAAACAACUACUGUCUGGCCUGCUAUGAGAAACUGUUUGCCCUGCAGUGUGUCCACUGCAAGAAGCCCAUUACGACUGGAGGAGUGAGCUACCAUGACCAGCCGUGGCAUAAGGAAUGCUUUGUUUGUGCUGGAUGCAAAAUGCAGCUGGCUGGGCAGAGAUUCACCUCUCGAGACGACGCCACCUACUGCCUCGAGUGUUUCUGCAACCUGUUUGCAAAGAAAUGCGCCCACUGCACCAACCCAAUCAGUGGUCUCGGGGGCAGCAAGUACAUCUCAUUUGAGGAUCGACAGUGGCACAACGACUGCUUCAACUGCCAAAAAUGCAGCUCGUCGAUGGUUGGUCGAGGCUUCCUGACGUUCAAAAACGACAUCCUCUGUCCUGACUGUGGUAAAGACCUCUGAGGGGUCACCAGCACCCAGGAGGCAAACCAGUUUGACGGCCAAUCGAGACAACUCUGCAGAAUAUUCAAACUAUGAUGAUUACUUUCCAGUUUAAUGAAUAUUAACCAGCAUGAUGUCUUUCUUUGGUUUUAAUUGAGAAACUGGAACCAGUUUUAAGCAAUAGUUUGUCUUAAAGAUCAAAUGAAAAACUAUAUAAAUAUCAGUUUGAAGUGAAAACCUUUGCUGCCUAAUUUCUUCUACGUAUAACAGUAUUUAAGCAUUUUUAUUAAAUAGUAAUGUCAUAUAGGUUUUCCUACUAAUUCUUCUCUGUCUAAUAAUUUUGGAUGUUUCAUCUGUAGGUAUUCCUGGAUGUCAGUAGAAUUAAAAGUCUAUUAUUCUCAAUUAUUUGUCAGUCAAAAGAAGUUUUGUUUUUUGUUUAGGCUGAUGUAAAUUCUUAAUGUUCUUUUUAUUUUUUCAAGCACUAUGACAUCUAUUUUAAAGGCUAACAAUUUUUCCCAAUAUGUUUUGUUUUCAUUUCCUGUAGUC